AUGGCGGCGCUGUCUCAUUUGCCCACAAAAUCUGUCAAAUCUGCCAUCACUUUUCGCAAUUGUGUUACUGGUCUGCGAGUAGUGUUAUGUUAUAUCAUUGAGGAAACAUGCUGGAAAGCGCUGUACGAGCAAACGAAACUCCUACUUGAGCAAACAAAACCUUUGCUUGAGGAAUACCAAUCGCGAAACCGCUAUCUCUCAGACCUGGUAGAGAAGUGUGCUGAAGAGCUCGACGAGCACACCUUGAAGGAGGAGCUCCUCGAGAUGCUGGUAGACCAGCACAAAGAAACUCUGGCAGAGAUCGUCAGAGACAAUUCAGACAAGGACUAUGUCAUCGCAACACAAGAAUUUCUCUUAGGCGCCGCAAGAGAAGAGGCGGAAGAUUUGGGAAAAUGCGUGAUUGAGAAAAAUGGGCUGCUGGUUGCGCUCCAAGCUUCGGAACAAUACGGCAUAGCAGAAGAAAGCGAGCCCCAAACGAAGAAGAGAAGACUCAGGUACUGA